GUCUUAAAAAGAAAAUAAAUUUGUUAGUAAUUUAUAUUUAUGAAUGUGAGUUACCUUACAGAAUAUCCAUCUAUAUGUUUAUUCUUACCUAAUCUGUAUCAACGAUACGAUAAGAUAAUCGUUGAUGAACAAAUCAAUUGUCAAAAUAUUUGUAACCGCAGCAAAAUUGUUCAGUUUUUGUCAGAUGUUCGAUAAAAUGUACCAGAAAAAUGUGAUGAGUGUUUUAUAUCUAACACUGUUUAUCAUAAGUUGGUGUGAUGCAGUCGUUGAGGGGAAAUAUAUUUUGGACCAGCAUAGGUAUGAGAGUCUGGGGUUUAUUGGAAAAAAGCCAACUUUCUCAAAAAAAAUUUAUAUAGCUAAUAUUGAUGGAAUUUCACUGGAAUUGGAGGGCGCUAUUUCCCUUGACAACUGCCACGCGAUGGAAACAUUCUUUGAAAUAGAUACGAGUUAUGCCGAUUAUCUUCCAUUGACAAAUAACAAAUCUCUUGUCCUUGGAAGCAACUGCACAUUAUUCUUUCCAAAAAUAUUCAUCAAGAAUAAGCCGUUCACCGAUGACGCUUUCGCAGGUUUCAUCACAGUCAAAGCUAUCUAUAACAAAUAUGUGCUGGAUGUAACCUCGAUCAUUCUUAUGCCAAGAUCCAAUACAAAAAAUUUGAAAAUGAUUUUUGAAGUAGAUGGGGUUGAAUAUAUAAUUCUGAACUAUUUUCACCUGAAGGUUACAUUUAUAUUAGUUUUGGUGAUAACUUUCUCUAUUCUAAUUUUGGAAAUGAAAGAAGUCCAUGACAAAUUUUUUAGAUUUAGAUACAGAAAUUUAGAAACAUAUAUAUGAGGUUGGAAACUAUGUAAAUAGUUACUUGAACGUUGUUUUUUUUUUGGUUUGUUUUCGACCAAUUAUGUUUGGAUAUUUAUUAUGUAAUAAUUACAUACUGAAACGUAGAUGGGUGAUUCCGUUCUAACUGUGAUUUUUUGUAUUCAAAAUUUCAAGAUUCUAAAAUUUAACUUUUCUAACUUUUUUAUGCAUAUUAUUCAUCUAUUUUACUGUAAAAAUAAAACUCUAAGAGGAAUUUACUACAACUUCAAAGUAUCACGAGCAAGACACAAAUGUCGGAUUUUGAGUUCCACGGUACUGACUCAUUUAUCCACGGUACUGACAUGGUAACUUAAGAUAUUAAACAACAAGUGCAUCAAUUUUCCUCAGUUUGAUCAUAAACAUUAGAAUUUAUAAGGUAAUUAGUUUAAAUCAUUUGUUACGACAAAAAAAAUUAAUAAUUUAUCGGUAAAUUCUAGGAAUGGACAUGACACGGUACUGACAUGGUAACUUAAGAUAUUAAACAACAAGUGCAUCAAUUUUCCUCAGUUUGAUCAUAAACAUUAGAAUUUAUAAGGUAAUUAGUUUAAAUCAUUUGUUACGACAAAAAAAAUUAAUAAUUUAUCGGUAAAUUCUAGGAAUGGACAUGACACGGUACUGACAUGGUAACUUAAGAUAUUAAACAACAAGUGCAUCAAUUUUCCUCAGUUUGAUCAUAAACAUUAGAAUUUAUAAGGUAAUUAGUUUAAAUCAUUUGUUACGACAAAAAAAAUUAAUAAUUUAUCGGUAAAUUCUAGGAAUGGACAUGACACGGUACUGACAUUCAAGUGAUGUAGUAUAAGUUUUCUUUAAGUGGCAAGUUAUAUUGUAUAAAAAUAAUGUUUAAAUAUCUUAAGAAUUAUUCAAUUAACACAAAAUUUUUAUUAAUUGAUUAUUAAUUAAUGACUAGUACAAAAAAACAAUACAGGACAUUGAAUAUCACAGUUAGAACGGAAUCACCCAGAUGGGCACCAAUUUUUUUUUUCAAUUCGACAUCUUUAUAUCUUAACAAUCCCCUUUAUUACUUAUCAUUUUUAUCACAUUCAAUUACUAUCUCAUAACUUUUAGUUGAUCACAAAAUGAACAUACAUCUUCUUUCUAAAAUUAUAUUAUAAUGUUUCUACUCUCUUGCUUCUCUUUUGAGCUUUUUGGUAUGCUGAUGAUUUAUCGAUAAUUUUCCAUAUUCAUCAAUGGAUAAUAAAUUGUGGCUGCGUGCUUACUGAAGCAUUAUCCAUCAUACUUCAGUUAUUUUACAUCCCAUAUUAUUUGAAAAUGUGUUUUGUUUUGGGUAACAGAGAUAGCCCGAAUUUUGCUAAGACAGAAAUUAGAAAUAAAGUAUUCCAGGCCUAUUGUGGGUACAAAAAAUUAUAGAUACAUUUUGAAACCAGUGCUUUCAUUACUCACAGUGUAUUUUUCGAAUCUCUCUCGAAGCAUGAAGCCUCCUACUCAAUAUUCAAUUAAUUAUAUUUCCACUUGAAUUAAUGGCGUAUUUUGUUGUUCAUUUUAUAUCAAAACCUCUAUCCACUCAAACAAACGUUUUAAUGUUUAAUGUAUCAAAUUGUACAGAAAUGGUUAAUAUGUACAUAAUAUUUUUAUAAUAAAUCAUAUAUUUUGAAA